AUGGGAAAAGAAAAAAAAAAACUGUUUAAAAAUUAUAAUUCUUUUAAAAAGAAUUUAGUAAAUAUUAUUCCUUUAAAAAAAAAUAUUAUAAAUGAAUUGGAAUCAAAUCAAAAAGAAAAGAAAAUAUCCACUGAUCUAAUUACUUUUUCAGAACAACAAUAUAUAAAUUCAGAAAUUUAUGAUAAGAUUCUUAAUUUAGAUAGUCAAGGUAAAAUUCAAAAAAGUAAAAAAAGUUCAAAUUUUUCAAAAAAUGGUUAUAUUGAUGAUUUCCUAUAUGAAUACAAGAAUAACUACGAAAAUAUUUUAAGGAAAAAAACAGAUAAAAAUAAAAAAAAUGGAAAAAAAGGAAAAAAUGAAGAAACAGAAGAAACAGAAGGAGAAGAUGGAGAAGGAGAAGAAGAAGAAGAAGAAGAAGAAGAAGGAGAAAGAGAAGGAGAAGGAGAAGGAGAAGGAAAAUAUGGAGAAGAAGAAAAAGAAGGAAUAUAUGAAAAUGAAAUAGAAGAAAGAUAUUAUCAUAAAAAAUUAGAAAACAAACAAUAUGAUAAACAGUAUGUUGACGAAUAUAAUGAAAAAGAAAAAUAUAAAGAUGCAUAUGAAUGUGAAAAGGAAGAAAUAAAUGUAGAUAAAAAAAGUGAAAUAAAAAAAGAAGAGUCUAUAAAUUACAAUUAUUGGAAAGAUAUUGUAUCAAAAAAUAAUAUAAUAUUAAAUAAAAGCAGAAAUGAUAUUAAAAAUAUUUCUGAAGAAAGUAUUAUAAAAGAUAUACUGUUAGAUAUAUAUAAAAAUACAGUUGAACACAAAAAGACUAAUUUUUUAUGUUUAGAAGAAAUUUUAAAAAAAAUAAAUUUAAUAUUAAAAAAGCAAAUUGAAAUGAAUAAUGCAAGUAUUUCUCAUAAAUCAGAAAGACAAUUAUUAUUUCAAAAUAUUUACGAAUUAAAAAAGCAAAUAGCAGAUAAAGCUUUUAGUUCUUUAUCUAAUAAGGAUUUUACUAAAUGUUGUAUUAAAAAUAUCUGUGAGGAAAAUAUGAGAAAUAAAAUUGAUAAAGCUGUGAAAGGAGACAUUUUAAAUUUUAAGAAAUUAGAAAAAAUAAAUAAAAAAAACGAUAAAUAUUUUAAAGAUGCUUAUGAAAACUCUAAAACAAAAAAUGAAAAUAUAAAUUUAUUUUUGUAUCAUUUAAAUGAAUUAGAAAAAAGUAUAUAUACAUUUACUCAUUUUUGUAGAAAUAUUUCUAGUCUAACAUAUCCUGAUGGAAGAAUUGGCUUAAAUUCACUUGAACAAAAAGUUUGUCUAUUUCUGCAUGAUCCCAAAGCAAUGAGAUUAAUAAGAAGCCUUGAAAAAAAUUUAACUAAAAUAAAAAGUAUUUGCACAAAUAUUUAG